CGAGCCGAGCCCCGGGGCCGCCUCGUCCUUUGUGUGCGCCGGGGCACCGGGCACCGCCGCGAGCACCGGGAGCCGAGCCCGGGCGGUGAUAGCGGGGAGCGGGAGCGGCCCCGGGGCCCGGGGACCCCCCGGCGGCCCCAUGAAGGAGCCCGACGCCAUCAAACUCUUCGUGGGGCAGAUCCCGCGGCACCUGGAGGAGAAGGACCUGAAACCGAUUUUUGAGCAAUUCGGGAAAAUCUACGAGCUCACCGUCAUCAAGGACAAGUACACCGGGAUGCACAAAGGAUGCGCCUUCCUGACCUACUGCGCCCGCGAGUCGGCCCUGAAGGCGCAGAGCGCCCUGCACGAGCAGAAAACCCUGCCGGGGGUGAGUGGGGGGCGUGGGGAACCCCCCCGGGGCGCCCCCAAACCCCCCCUUCCCUGUCCCCGUUCCCGGUGCCACCCGCGGUGUCGCGCAGAGGACCGGAAGCUCUUCGUGGGGAUGCUGAGCAAGCAGCAGGCGGACGAGGACGUGCGGAAGAUGUUCGAGCCCUUCGGCACCAUCGACGAGUGCACGGUGCUGCGCGGCCCCGACGGCACCAGCAAAGGCUGCGCCUUCGUCAAGUUCCAGAGCCACGCGGAGGCCCAGGCCGCCAUCGCCGCCCUGCACGGGAGCCGCACGCUGCCGGGCGCCUCGUCCAGCCUGGUGGUGAAGUUUGCGGACACGGAGAAGGAGCGGGGGCUGCGGCGCAUGCAGCAGGUGGCGAGCCAGCUGGGCAUGUUCAGCCCCAUCGCCCUCCAGUUCGGCGCCUACAGCGCCUACACGCAGGCGCUGAUGCAGCAGCAGGCGGCCCUGGUGGCCGCGCACUCGGCCUACCUCAGCCCCAUGGCCACCAUGGCCGUGCAGAUGCAGCACAUGGGCACGGUCAACCCCAACGGGCUCAUCGCCACCCCCCUGCCACCCUCCUCAGGAACCAGCACCCCCCCGGCCAUGGCGGCCACCCCCGUCCCGGCCAUCGCGGCCCCGCUGAGCGUCAACGGCUACAGCCCCGUGCCCGCGCAGCCCGCGGGACCCCCCGCCCCCGACGCCGUCUACGCCGGGGGGGUCCCCCCCUUCCCAGGUGCCCCCCGACCCCCCGCCCCCAGUUUUGGGAUCCCGUGCCCGGUUUGGGUUGGCAGCCCCGCUUUGGGGCGCGGUCGGUUUUGGGGACGCAGUCCCAGGUGUGACCCCGCUCCCUCCGCAGGCCCCGAGGGCUGUAACAUCUUCAUCUACCACCUGCCCCAGGAGUUCGCCGACACCGAGAUCCUGCAGAUGUUCCUCCCCUUCGGCAACGUCAUCUCCGCCAAGGUCUUCGUGGACAGGGCCACCAACCAGAGCAAGUGCUUCGGCUUCGUGAGCUUUGACAACCCCGCGAGCGCCCAGGCCGCCAUCCAGGCCAUGAACGGCUUCCAGAUCGGGAUGAAGCGGCUCAAGGUGCAGCUCAAGAGGCCCAAAGACGCCAACCGGCCCUACUGAGCCCGGUCCGGAGGCUCCGGAGCAGCACCUUUGGGUGCCCCCCCUUGCAGAGCAGCCCCCCCAAACCCAGCGGUGCCCGGGGGGGGGAUCGGUCCUGCUGGGGGGGGCCCCAGACCCCCCCACGCUCAGGAAGGAUGGACCCCCCCUCCA